AUGAUGCUAUUCAGCACAUCACUAGCUGGACCAGCACUAGAUUGGGCGCAGCAUGAACCACCUCUAGAAUCGAGUCAUGGAUCGAUUUUAGAGAUGCUUUCUUGGAAAGGUUUGCAAAGAAGCCACCUUUCAAAUCCAAGUACCACCACUACUCUCAUCAGCUGGAGAGAGAGCGUGAUGAAGAAGAAUGGGGAGGCAUACCACCCCAUCCUGAAGUUGAAUGAAGAGCUAAUCAAGCAUGUGGAGAGGAAUCCUUUCUACAACUCUAUUUCAGAAUGUGCAAAGGAGCAUCUAUGCAACUUUGAGCAGCUUUGUCAUGACUAUGGACUUGGAGACAACCCCAAGAAGAUACAACUUUUCCAACUAUCUCUAGCUGGACAAGCCAAAGACUGGGCUAAGUUCAAUGCCCAACAUGCUUUCAAGACUUGGAAUGGAUACAAAGGAAGCUUUCCUCCACAGAUUUGA